UGAUUUAAUAUAAUUAUGUUAAAGAAUCGGGCGCUAAAGCAAAUAAUUCACAUGGUAAAAUUAAGUGUGUUUAUAACCUGGUGCUGGCCGCUCCCAAAAGAUACAAUUAAACUUAAAGUUGUCUGUGUGAGUCUGUAUCAAUAUUUGUGUUUGAUUUCAAGUUUCGGCGUAACGAUAGGGUUGAUGAAUGCAGUUAAGAAUCACCUUGAUGAUCCACUAAUUAUGGCAAAAUCUCUAACUAUUAUGUGUCCUACUAUACACAUAAUUUGCAAUAUUGUGAGCUGUAAGGUUUAUUCCUAUCGUCUACAAUUGGUUACUUUCGAAAUGGAAAAUUUCUGUGAAUCGCUUAAGUCUCAUGAAGAGCCGAUUUUUGAUCAAUACAUUGGCAAGUGUGUUUAUUUCUAUGGUGGAUCGAUUAUCUGGAUUUAUAUUUCUUGUCUUAUCAUCAUUUCUGGACCAGCUACUUUGGAUCAACCGUUCCCAACAACUGCCGAGUAUCCAUUUGACGUUUAUCAACAACCGCUGAGAUCUAUUCUUUAUAUUCAUCAGGCUUUUGUGUUUACCCAAGCUGCUGCUCAGCUAUCUAUGAACGUUUUUAUAGCUAUGUUACUCUGGUUUAUUUCAGUGAGAUUUGAGUUAUUAAAUGAGGAAUUACGAACAAUCACAGAUAUUUAUGGCUUAAUGAAAUGUGUUAGAAAACAUCAGAAGUUACUAAAAUACGCAGAUGAAGUAAUUGCAGUAGUCCGUCCGUUCGCAUUAUCAACUAUAACUCUCAGUACUACAGCAUUAAUUAUAGUCGGCCUGAUUUUUAUUACUGGACAGCCAUUGUCAAUGAAAAUCCAAUGUGUUGGUUUAACUUUCAGUGGAUUAUCAGAAGUAUUCAUGUAUACUUGGCCAGCAGAAAAUUUAAUUUACAUCAGCAGUGAGGUCGCACAGGCGAUUUAUGAUGCGCAAUGGUACGAACAGUCAAUUCAAUUACGUAAAAGUUUACAAAUGAUUAUAUUAAGGGCUCAGAAAUCAGUAGUUAUCUCGAUACCGUGCGUUAUGCCUUCAUUAUCUCUGAAUUAUUACACAUCGUAUCUAUCAACUAUUUUUUCAUAUUUCACGACGCUGCGAGUUGUUAUGCAAAAUGAAGAAUAAUUUAAUUUUCAAGAUGGAGAAUUAAAAACACAAAUUGUUUAACUUUGGAGAACCUACAAUCCUCAUAUUAAGAAUCUAGCAAACAAUACUCAUCGCAUUAUAAUGCCGUGAUUGUUGAAUUCAUAACAUUCUUCCUAGUAACCAUAAGCUAUUUUGUCAUAGAUAAUGUAGACAAGAAUGUUUCAGCAAAUAAUAUUAUAGUGAUUUAUAUUGUAGUAAUAUCUUAAAAAGUACAAAAUAAUGAAUAUUUUUCUUCAGCAA